AUGGGAACUUUUACCAUCAGCUACGCUGUUAAAACCUUCGUGAAGAAUAACAAAGCCAAGCUUGCUCUUGUGCCGUUUGCCUAUUAUGUUGGUAAGUAUUUUUAUUAGUUUUUAACGAUGUUUAGAUGCUAGUCAACUUUAUACGGCAUUAGAACUAUUACUGACAUCUUUUAAGGGGAUUAAAGCUUGACCGUUAAGUUUUAACGUUAAAAAACAGUUUGAAUAUUUUGGUUUUUAGGUCAUUGCUAUGAUCAGGCCAUUUUGUAUAAAUCUUCUAUGAUGAAGGGACAAAGCCGUAAGUACGCGCAUCUUCGUGAAAACCGUGGCCCGGACUUUGAUCCAUGGUACUACUAG